CAAUUGAAGGUUCGUUCGCCAACACUACACUUCAGUGAGACAUGGUGUUAUAAUUUUUAUGUAGCUAUACAAUAGCUGAGCAGGUGCACGGUUACAAUAAUUGUUGUCUUUGUUUAUAGGAAGGUGUGUCUACUUCUGACUAGCCACUGACUGCGGGUGCCGUCACCACACCUACCACACCGCUCCAGCACUUCCGCUUUGACCUUUACUCCAGGGUAAAUGCUAAGCGUUCACCAUCGUACACCAGAAAAGGCAGGAUAUAUAAUAAAUUUUUCACGGACUGAUGAUCAUACAUAAUUUGACACACGCGGAAAUGGCUUAAUACAGAGAUGACGCUUAGAAAGAUGUAAGCUGUAUUAUUUGCCAUAUGGAAUCAAUGGGAAUUAGAUAAACAUCCUUUACUUGUGACUGUGGAAGUGAUAUGAUAUAAACUAUUUAAAAUUUGUUAGAUUUUUGUAAAAGGAAACGUAUCAAAAUGUUGCAGCAGAUUUUGAAAGAUAUGUACAUAGACCCAGAGCUUCUGGCAGAGCUCUCCGAGGAACAGAAACAAAUUCUGUAUUUCAAAAUGCGUGAGGAACAGGUACGAAGAUGGAAAGAAUGGAAUGCUAAAGUAGAAAAACAAAAAAAUAUAAAGAAAAAGAAUGGAAAGAAAAUUGAUUUUUUACUGGCCAAGGAUGGCAAUCCAUGGGUAUGGGUUAUGGGGGAGCACAAAAACGAUAAAACGAUCGAGGAAAUCCUUCAAGAAGAAAGCUUUGAAACCGCUCGGAAAGAAGCACAUAAGGAAGCUGAGUUGAAAAGACUCAAAGAAAUUGCAGAAAGGAAGAAAAUUGAGGAAGAGGAGAGAAGAAAACAAAAAGAAUUGAAAGAGGAACGGGAGAGAAUUGCAAGAGAAAAAGCUGCUUUAGAAGAAAAAGCAAGAAAAAUAAAAGAACAGGAAGAAAGGCGAAGAAAAGAGGAAGAAAAAAUAAAACGGGAAGAAGAGAAGCUUUUGAAAGCGAAGGAAGAAAGAGCAAGGCAAGAACGAGAGAAAGCUGUGAUGGAGGAACAGAAAAGGAAGGAAGCACGGGUAAAACAAGAGAAAGAAAAACAAGAAAAACAAAAACGAGAAAAAGAGCAGCAAGAUAUGCUAAAGAAGCUUGAGGAGGAGAAAUUACAGAAGGAAAAAAGAGCAAAAGAAAUUAUAGAAAAGGAAAAGCAGCUGCAAUUACAAAUGGAAAGGGAAGAGAAGGAAAUCAAAGACAGAGAAGUUGACAGAGAAGCUAAACAGAAAACUGAGGAAGAAAAACGAGCAGAAGAGAUUUACAAAACUUUGCAGAAGAAGCGAAAACAAAGUAUUCAUGAGGCGGAAAAGAACAGAGAGAGGAUCGAACACAUUUGGAAUGUUCAAUUGCGGAAAUCAAGAACAGCAGACCAAGACAGACGCAGUUGGGCGCAAUGGGCACGUGAUGAAGUUCGAAAGUCACGUCAGUCUCGUGAUUUUGAUAGCUUACAGAUUACCGACAUAGUGGACAACACAAAAGGUCGUGGUCCAAAACCAAAGAACAGGCAUGAGGUAAUCGAGUGGUACAAGGAAGUUGAGUUACCAAAGAAGGCUGGCUUUGACCUCAUCACAAAUAGGCCAGAUACAUGGAUGCAUGGCAUACUGUCCAGGAACGAAACAGAAGUAAUACUAGAGGACAAAGAGCCUGGCACAUUCCUGGUGAGGCUAAGCGAGAGGAUCUGGGGUUAUACUCUCUCUUUCAAGGACAAGGAGAGGAUCAAACAUUUCCUCAUUGACGCAUCUCUCUCGGGUUAUCAGUUUUUCGGUACUGAUCAGGUUAUUCAUAAAAAAUUGAAAGAUUUGGUUGAAUUUCAUAAAAUGCAACCAAUCUCACAGCUAGGCAAGGAAGUUUUAAAGGAACCACAAGGUCAAACGUCUAAUACACCUGAUUAUGAUAUACUACUUUCUUGAGGUAAAUGAAGAUUUGGGGGGAAAAGCUACCUUCAGUUGGGCAUGCAUACGGUAGAGAUGAACCAGGUGAUCUGGAUCAAAUCUAGUCUGGAUUAGAACCGAUAUUGAUGUGAUCUGCAGAUAAGAUCCUAUAUCCUUUUUACACUGCCAAGUUCAGAAUAAACACAUGUUAAUUCCGUAGUGUUACUGCAUGCAUUUCCAUUUACAUAAAAAAAAAAAUUGCGGGGUUCAUCUUGAGUCUACACCCAUUUUUCUCCGGCAACAAACACAGGUUCAAAUACUGCUCUCACUUUGUCUUUCAAUGGUGAUCAUCACAUCGUUCAAGUUGCUUGAGUCGUGAUGGAGCUGCUAUUAUUGUCAGUAUUGGAAGCAAUGUAUCUGCAGAUUUUUUUUUUUGAAUGCGAAUUAAAUCAACAAUUUUGCCUAGUCUAUAUCGAAAGGCAAGAGGUUGAAAAGUGUCUUGACAUAGCCCGUUGACAGCAAAGUUUACUGUAGGCCUACCUGAUCAUAGCUGUGGUAGACGCCAGGUAAGGCAUAUAAUCUGGAAUUAAAUUUGGUGUUGUUAACACUGGCGAAUCUGGUUUGUACCCGCAUACUGCACCUCGAACCCGGAAUGUUUGGCAACCCAAGCCCCUUUUUUUGCCGUUUACACUUACCAAACUCCGGAGUUUUUAGUUCGGGUAUUGGAAAAUCCCGGGUUGAGUCCAGAGUUUUGCUUGCAGUGUAAAAGGGGUAAUAUAUUGAUAGGAUCUUGGAAAGAUUAGAUCAAACGCACAACCGUGUGGAUUAAGGUCAAUAUAAACUUCUAGAUUAAUCGUGUAUUGGAUGUUGAAAUCUUUGACAAGAUCUCAAAAUGAGAAUCUGCAAAAGGGGGUUACCUUUGUGUUAACAAACAGAGUGACAGUGGGACAGUAUGAAAGGCAUAUAGGAAUUACACCUUACUUCCUAAUAUUAAGUACAACAAAACCAAGUACUUAGCAUACAGUAGCAGUAAGUUAAAAAAUAUAAUAUUAAAAUAGAAUUUGUAUAAUUUUUUUCUUUCUAAGUAAAGGUAAGUAAAAUAAGAUCAGCAGCUUUCUAAUUUCAAGGCAAAGUUUAAAAUUGUUAAUCUUAUUUUGGUGCAUUAUUAAUUUUAUAGCCAUUCCUCAUACUUUUCUGAUUAUGGAUUGCAUUUAUGGUGCAGUGGGUUAUAAGUUUAGAGCUGAG